AUGCUGAACCCAGGCGCCCGGCCGUGGUACCCGUCAUGCGACGGGGCGGUCGGCGUGCAGGUGCCGCCAGUGCGCCGGCAGAAUGACCCGUACCAAGUUGGCGCGCUGCAGCGGCCGCCGACGCCACUCUGCGGCGACACGGACCUCAGCGCCAUCCAGAUAGACUCCCUCAGUAGCGCUGUGGCCACUGCGGCUCCCGCGGCCGUUGCGGCUCCCGUGUCCGUUGCGGCCGUCGCCGCCGCGCCGCCGCGGAAGGGGCCGUACCGCAGCACAAUGCUUCUGGAGCAGGACGUCCCGGCGCUCUCCGGUUACUGCCGGCAGCGGCCGCCGUGGAAGUCGAGUGGGUGGAUGGCCGGCUCGACGGCCCCGCGGCCGAGGUCAACGACGCUCUCCUCGCUGGACUCGCAGGGCGAGUCGCGGGAGGUCACCGUGGCGCUGGAGGAGUCGUACUGCGGGGCGGCCUCCCGCACGCCGACCCCGAAAGUAUCGAUCCCCCUUCCGCGCUCGCAGCGGCAGGCGAAACUGCGCCCCGACACCCCCGCCGACGCCGCAGCGGCGUGGGCGACGGCAACCCCGCCCCCGCGCUCAGGCACAAAUACAGACUCAAAUACAACAACCGCGACGACGCCCGCAACGUGUGCGGCCAACACGACUGCGAUGAGUGCGACGACCACGACGUCCGCCAACGCAACCACAGCGACCACGGAUGAGGAGGAUAUCGACAACACCGACAACACGGGGGUCGCCUCCAACGAGGGCGGGGACACGUACUCCGAGACGGAGGGCACCACGCAAAGCAAUUCCAAUGAGGUCACCCGUCUCGGGAUACGGGCGGAGGGCCCGAAGCCGGCGCCAGCUUCCUCACUGUCGGGGUCUUUGACGGCCGCCAAGAAGCCUAAGCCGAAGACGCGGCGGGAUGAGAAGUGGACGAUUGUGCAGGGGAAGUCAGGGGCCGAUUCCGCCGCUGCGGCUGCGGCGGUAUCGCUGAAGAAGUCCGCGUCAUGCGCAACUGCGGGGAAGGUGCGGGAGAAUGGGGCUGUUGUGCGGCUUCCGGGCCGGCAACCGGCGGAGCUGGGAAGGAGCAAGCAGCAGCAGAGGGAGAAGGAGGAUGAGGGCUCUGGAAAAGACGAGGCGAUCGUUGAGGCCAAGGCAAAGCGCCCACGGGAUUUACGCCGCACGAAGGUUGACAGCAGCGACGAGGAAUUACUGGAGCGUCUGGUGACUGGCACGGCGCCCGCUGCCGUAGCAGUUGUUGCCGCCGCCGCCGCCGCCGUCGCCGCCGCAGCGAGAGCGGCGACGCCCUCGCCAAACCUUAGUGCGCCUCCCGCCGCCGUCGAGGGGUCCCUUACACCGCUUACCGUUAUGGGGGUUCCGAUUGUGGGCGUUGCGCAGAGUGAGGAGCUUUUGCCCGCCCCGCCGGUGAGCGCGCGGCAGAGCAUUGCCUACCGGACCUUUAUCCGUGCGUUGACCGUCUCCGAGGCGUCAAACGUCAAGAUGCUCCUUUUGCAGCGUGCACUGCGGCAGUUGCCGGAGUCUAGCUACCACCAGUGCCCCGCGUUGGUCUGCGCGAUUCUGCUCGAGACGAGCGACGGCUGCGUUGACGUGGAGAAGAGCCUGCAGACGUGCUACAAGGCACUGCAGCUCGCGGAGAAGCAACAACUUGAGCUGUUUGAGAUGCUCUCUCGCCUCGCCAUCACGCGGACCUUUGCGCGCGUCAUUGACACCAUGGACGCCCGCGCCAACCUGACACGCGCGGCGACGAUUGCCAUUGCCAAGAAUGAAAAACCCGCGCUCGGCUGGAUCGCAAUGCAGAUGGGCGUGACGCUCGAAAUCACCGGUCUGUUUCCCGAGUCCCUCGCCUGGUACGAGGCGGCGGAGCGCCUUGCCCGGGCCACGGCACAGCCCCAAUUGCUCUGCGAUAUUUAUUGCUGCCAGAGCAUUGCCUUCUCAGCCAUUGGCGAGAUAGAGCAGGCGAAUCAGGCCUACGAGGCCUCACGUGCGCUGCUUCCAUUCAUCCCGCGGCACCGUCACCAGCGGUCCCUGCAAAACUACGCCCAGCUAAAGUGCCAGCUUGGCGACAUGUCAGCUGCCUUGCAUUUGCAGGAGACCGAGCUUGAGAUUGCCAGGGAGUUCGGAGACACGCAGGCGAUAUCGCGCUGCUUGGGUGCCAUUGCCCUCACGAAGCGCUUUCUUUGCCGCUACGACGAGGCUGCCGAGAACUACAUGGAGGAGCUCUCCGUCUACAACGCCCAAGACCCGCGACAGACGAUUGAGUCUCUCACAGGCGCGGCUGUCUGCUGGCGACUGGGUGGGCACUUGCAGAAGGCGUACGACUACUGUAUGCGGGCGCUGCGGCAGGCACAACAAUGCCAAGACUUAACGACCCUCGCGAAGGCCUUGGUGGAGUUGGCUGAGGCCGAGUUAAGCCUAGACCUGUCGGAGAAGGCACAACAACACCUGCAGGAGUCCCUGGCCACUAUCGCGCGUGUGGAUGAGGCGGAGCAGAAGCAGUACCUGGUUAAGGCAGCCCUUUGCGAGGUGGAGUGGCGCUGCUGUAGUAUUCUGGAGCAGGUGCACUUCCGCAAGAAUGAAGCCUUUGCGGCCCUUCAGUGCUCUGAUCGUAGCCACGUCCCAAACACGGUUCAGGUGUCCCGUUUGCUGUUGCGCCGGCAAAGGCGGGCCGGGGCGCAACUAGAGACAAAGGACGCGGAGCUCGUCAGCCGAAGCGCCGUUGAGGGGCUUUUGAAGAGUCCUGCGAUGCAGGGGUGGCGAAUAGUAUGCUACUCGCUUCCCUGGAACGAAGGGUUGGACUUCAUGGCGUACGUUCUGGGGCUGGACGAUGACGGCAGCCUGACCUGCGUGGCCCUUCCGCUGCGUCUGCAGGAGGAGCUGAUUGCCCUGCUGUGCACCUCCACCGCCCUUUCAAAGGUCCUGGACGCGCCAAUGUACGCGGAGGACGGGGUGCGGCUCUACGGCGACACCCCGCUCUGGCCGCAGCUCUACUCAAAAGUGGCCUUUGACUUCUGCCAGUCGCCGACGAAUGCGGCGCGUGUGAAGUCGCUCGACGCCGACGCAACGUACUGCCUGAAGGUUUUGCACGACGGCUUCAUUGCGCCCUUAGCAACGCACCUGGGCGACGCCGGUGGGCUGAUGUUCGUCGGCGAUGGCGUUUUCAGCCGUCUGCCGUUCCACGCCUUUUACGACGGGCGGCAGUACCUUGCAGAGCGCUUCUGCACAAGCACGUGCUGCUCCAUGGCGCUGCUGUGCACGCACUACGCCGACGCGGCAGCGGCGGCGCGGGCGGGGGAGGCGCGGGAGGCGCGGCGGUACACCGUCGUCGACGCCGCCGCCCACACCUCCGCGCUGCUAGACGCGUACCUCGCCGAGGCGGUGGAGGUGGGCGUCUGCGUGCGUCGCGUGGUGAUAGAUGAGGACCGCGAAGAGCCGGCCGCCGAGGCCCGACGGGUCGGCGACGCUGACGGGGAGGAAACGGCGGUGCCGUCGGACGACGCGGACGUCGCCGCGACGCAGCGGCUGCUCUCCGCCCUGCACCGCCGCGGGAAGGUGCGCGGCGUCCGCAACGCCCUCUACCGUGCCGUGCACGAGGAGGCCGCGCUGGGCGGUGUGCUUGAGCUGCGGCUGCGGGCGCUGCCGGAGGUGCGGGAGGACUACUGCGGCAUGUUCUGUGCGUCCUCGAGCGACGUCGUCGCGAGCCAGUCGGGCGAGGUCGCCAACACCUGGGACCUGCGCCCCUACGCCCUCGUGGUGUGCACCGGGGUAGGGACGUACGCCGGGCUGUCCAUCCACGAGACCGGCGUCCCGGUGUACCGCGCGCUGCAGUACGCGGGGGCUUGCCGCAUGCUGAUGGCGGUCAACAGCCGGCUGCCGACGAGCGACCGCGUCGCGGCGGCGGCGGCGGCGGCGGCGAUGGCGGGCGGGUGCAGCGUCGCCGCGUGCGUGCGUGGCGCGUACCUGCAGUGCAUCGCCGACGGCGCCCCCCUGGCGGAGUGGGCCGCCUUCUCGCUGGUCGGGCUGCCCUGA